AAAUCUUUUUUUUGGCGAAAAAUCAAUUUUUUCGAAAUUUCGACUCUACACAAUGAGCUUGGAUAUGGAGCACCUCCAUGAUGCCAUGAAUUACUUGUGUCUCGCUGCUGCUGCGUCAAUUUCUGGAGCGAUCAUUGCCGUCGGAUGUACCACCGGGCACCGGGAGAAUUCACGCGGUGGUAAGGGAAAAUCGGCGAGAUCAAAGCGAUCGAAACGGUCGAAACGGGACAAGAAGCAAAAUUCGAAGAGACAACAAAACUCAAAACGACAAAAGAAGAUUAAGAGCAAUUCUGCAGCUCCGGCACCACCGGCCAAGAGUGGAGUUCCUGCAAAAUCGGCGGAGAAGGCAAAGGAAGGAUCUCAAAGAUCGGCUCGACUCAAGAAGGAGCAGAAGUCCGAGAAGAAGAAGAAGGAGGGAUCGCAGAGAUCUGCAAGAUCGAAGAAAGCGUCUAGCGAGAAGCCAGAAGUCGAGAAGAAGCCGGAAGAGCCGCCAGUCGAGGAUGAAGCGAAGACUCCACCAGAGAAGCCGAAGGUUGAGGAGCCUGCUCCGGCUCCAGCUCCGGCUCCAGCUGCUGUUGCUCCAGCUCCACCACCACCGCCAGAGCCAGCCGUCGUUCAACCGGAAAGCCAAGCGGGCGUCGAAUCGAUCUAUUUGGAUUCUGGAAAACCGUCGUACGAUGCUCAAGUGCAGAACGCUCCGUCCAAUAUUCAAUCGACUUAUCAGAAUUUGGGAUGAUCUCUGACCUUAUCUCUGACAACAUCUGAACACAUCCAAAUGCCCAAAAAUGAAUGAUUUUAUUUAU